GCGAGAAUCCAAAGUUGUACUUGGAGAAGAAAAGCCUCACAAAAUCUCGCUUGCUAGCUGCUGCUGCCGCCGCUGGCUCCGCAUCCUUUCUCCUCCAUCUGUUGCUGCUCUUGCUUCUCAGGAGGGGAAGGAACCCGGGAGGAGGGGAAGGGAGGGAGGAAGCCGUCCACCCUUCGCAACAGCAACGCGCAACCAAACCCACCCUCUCCUUUUCGCGUCUUCCCUCCGGCCGCGCGUCGCUUUCGCCGCGUCCGAAUCGGUGGGCCGUAGGCGAGGGGGGAGGAGAGGGGGGCAUAAAGGCGCUGGGGUCGGCGAUGAUGAGCGGCGGUGGAGGCAGAUCGGGCGGGAGGGACGCGGAGGGCGAGUGGGAGGUCCGGCCGGGCGGGAUGCUGGUGCAGCGCAGGGACGGCGACACGGGGCCCGCCGUCAGGCUCAGGGUCUCCCACGGCGCCUCCUUCCGUGACGUCGCCGUGCCGGCGCAGGCCACCUUCGGUGAAUUGAAGAGAGUCCUUACCCAGUCUACUGGCGUGGAGCCUGAAAGGCAGAGACUAUUCUUCCGUGGGAAGGAGAAGAGUGACAACGAGUUCCUGCAUACAGCUGGGGUCAAGGAUGGAGCAAAACUGCUUCUACUUGAGAAGUCUGCCCCUGCCCAUGUAGAGCUGAGGUCGGAGCCGGUAAUUAUGGACGAGAGCAUGAUGAGGGCUUGUGAGGCUGUUAGCCGUGUCAGAACUGAAGUUGAUGAUCUCUCUGUUCAGGUGUGUGAUUUGGAGAAGAGUGUGCUUGCAGGGAGAAAGGUUGAAGAUAAAAAGUUUGUUGUCUUGACGGAGCUGCUUAUGGUGCAGCUGCUGAAACUCGAUGGCAUUGAGGCAGAGGGAGAAGCAAGGGCACAGAGGAAGGCUGAGGUACGCCGAAUCCAGAGUCUUGUAGAGACGUUGGAUAAGCUGAAGGCGAGAAAUGCCAAUCCCUUUAGUGAUCAAAACAAAUCUGUUUCAGUGACAACGCAGUGGGAGACGUUUGACAACGGCAUGGGCAGCUUGAAUGCACCCCCACCCCGGGUUUCUUCCACACAAAUCAACACUGACUGGGAGCAAUUCGACUAGCAUCGGAUUGCGUUCUCGUUGUAUCGUUAACUUGUGAGAUCGGGUAUUAAGUUCCCUUCGCAGGCACACAAUUGCUGUGUAUAUGCAAGAAGUUUGACUCCUUUUGCUAGCACUGCCUGUGCGAUGUUAUCAAAUGGUACAAGGUGAUGAAUUGCUUAGGUGAUCUGUUAGGCUGUCA